AUGGGUGGGUUGGAACUUGGUGGGCAUAGACACGAAGCAAAGAAGGCUGGCGAGUAUUUAGUAGCACGCCAACGUUUUAGUGAGGACCACUAG